AUGGAAGCUAAUAAAAAACCGAAUCCAAGUUCCAAAGACUCAGUUAGCUAUUUACCAGAUGAUCUUCUCUACCACUUAUUGUCUUUCCUUUCGACAAAAGAUGCUGCUUUAACAUCGGUUCUAUCAAAAAGAUGGUCGAAUCUUCUUCAAUCGGUACCUUACCUCGAUUUCAACGAUUCCGAGUUACGAAAUCCCGAAAUGGGUUUACGACAAAUCGAGGUUUUCAAAGAUUUCGUGGAUAGGUUACUGUCUCUACGAAUCAAGAACUCAUCAUCGGUUAAGAAAGUCACUCUCAAGUGUCGUCAUGUAGGUGUUGAACGAGAUCGUGUAAUACGGUGGAUACGAACAGUUAUGGAUCUUGGUGUUUCUGAACUUGCUAUACAUUUAGAUUACAGGAUCUCUAAUCUGCCAUUUAGUGUCUUUACGAGCAAGACACUAGUAAACCUUAGAAUGGGAACAAGAAUUCGUCUUUUUCGGUCUCCUUCCGACUCUCUUUCUCCAAUGCUUGAAUCACUCUUUCUUGAUUCAGUUGCGUUUGGUGAUCAUAAGCUUGGUUUUAAACCGAUUCUAUCAGCUUUCCCUUGGCUUCGAAAUAUGAGGAUCCAUGAAUCGAAAGGGUGGUACUAUUGGAACGGGUCUAUUUCAAGUUCAACAAUCAAGAAACUUAUGUACAUUAGUGAUGGUGAUUCUUAUGGUCCUAAACCUUGUGUUUCGUUUGAUACUCCGAGUCUUGUUUACUUAGAUUAUUCGGAUAUGGUCGCGGAUAAGUAUGAGAAUCUCCAUUUAGAUAGCCUUGUUGAAGUUAGGCUUGAUCUUCUUUUGACCGCAAAUCAAAUCAUGCGGAAAAAUGCUCCAUAUAAUAUUCCUUUUGUUCCUGGUGAUGUUACAACUUUGUUCAUGGGAAUUAGAAAUGUCAAGAUCCUUUGCUUAUCUCCGGAUGCUCUAGAGGCGCUCUAUUACCGCGGUGAAGAGAUACCGGUGUUCAACAAUUUGAUUUGUUUAUCUCUGGGAAGCAGUCGUAGACCUCAUGGUUCACCAUUCAUCUUCUGGAAAUUGCUUCCAUCUCUGCUCCUCAACUCGAUAAAUCUUGAAACUCUCAUCAUCAAGGGUUUAGUGCACUAUGUUAGAGAAGGAUGGGAAGGUGUGUGUCGUCUACAUAUUGAUUGGGAUGAUGUGUCUGAUUCUAUGUCAUCAUCUGGAGUAAAGGUUUUAGAGAUUACUGGGUAUAAAGGAACUUGUCGAGAGCUUAAUCAAAUGAAACGUUUCUUGGGGAAAUUAUCGCGUCUUGAAAUGGUUAGGGUUGCUUAUAAAGCAGUGGAUGAUGGAGAAGGAAGUCGCUUCAUGAAGGAUCUUUUGCUUCUUCCCAAAGCUUCAUCCAAAUGCGAGAUCCAAGUCAUGAAGGAAACUGCUUGA